CGGAACUUACCUCGACUAUCAUGUCUAGGAAAGACCUGCCCCCCCCCCCCAAAUCUUGGGUUCAUGAAAUGCAAAAAAUGUGGAGGCAACACCAGCCGUUUCCGACUUCGUCCCAAGUUUGAUCCCGGCUGGAAGCCAUCUACGAGAUGUUUCAGAGCGGGGAAAGGGCGCUUCAUUCUGUCAGUGAUUCAAUUCGCUGGCUUUCAUUUGACUCAUACUCACUGAAUACUAAUCACCUUAUGUUAUAGACGCAACGCGAAUCCGAGACGGGAGGCAGGCGAUGCUAAGACAAGUCUCCCAAGUCUGAAUUUCGGUUAGAAGUCGAGUUAUCUGUCGUUCUUUCUUCACCUCCGCUUUCAGAGGAUCUGAAUAUUUACUGUGUACCGAUCUACGACGUAUUACAGUCCCCAUAUGACCCGGACUUCGAGGUCCUCGUCAUGCCUCGGCUGCGCCAGUUUUAUUCGCCCAGUUUCGACACCGUUGGGGAACUCAUAGAGUGCUUUCGACAAGUUCUGGAUGGUGUUGAAUUUCUGCAUCGCCAUUUCGUUGCUCACCGAUGGAAUCAGUUUUUCCGGGUGGUCAUUUCUGCGCUAAGACAAAUUGAUAGGGAUGUGACCAUUUUGAACAUCAUGCUCGAUGCCAGCGAACUCUAUCCGAAGGGGUUUCAUCCUGCCACGCCGUGGAUGAAUGCGACUUAUACCGGAUCGGCGAAACACAUCACUCGCACAGAGUGCUGGUCCUGCUAUUUUAUAAUUGAUUUUGGAGUGGCCCGUCGUUAUGAGCCCGUCUCGAACUGCGGCAAUCGUUAUGUUCCGGAAUACAAGGGGUCAAAAAAGGGUGACCGUUGCAAUCCGUUUCCCACAGGUAUAUUUUGCUUUGGGAAACAUGUUGGAGGAAUACUUCUGCCACAAGCACCCACCACUGCAGUUCCUUGUCCCUCUUGUUGAUAUGAUUCAAAAAGGACCGUCUUUACGACCUACUCUAAGUGAGGUUGUGCUCCGCUUU